AUUCAAUAUUUCUAUCAACAUCACUCUUGAUAUCACUUUUGAAACGUAAAUAAAUUGCUGACCCUUAUCAUUUUUAUGUAUAAAUUGUUAUUUUCAAUUUAUCUUAUAAUUUCUUUUUCAUUUAAUGUUCUCUGUUUUUUUAAAAUAAAGGAGUCAUUGAGUUUACUAUUUUGUCAUUUGUUUUAGAAAAUUUGUGUCCUAUAAAUAUUUAUUUGAACUUACAGUUUUAGUUAUUUUUCUAUGGAUCGUUUGCUUCAUUGCAUAUGCGAUAUAUUUUAUCAAUUUAUGUAAAUUUUUUAGAUGAUGGGAGAUACACAAUUAUUAGUAGAUGCAGUUUCGAAAACAUGUGAAGGUAAUAAUACGAUAGAAACUUACGAGACGAAAUCUAACGACGCUUCUGUUGGAGCAUUAAACGGACCCAAAAUAUGCACAUUUUUUUCAAAGUAUAAAAAUUGUAGAUAUGGAAGAAAUUGCAAAUAUAAACAUUACCAACAGUCUCCCGAGCAUUUAUUUCUUGAAAAUAAGGGCAAUAAAAAUAUUGGCUUUCCUGACAGAAUAUUUGUAUCAAAGAAUAAUUCGAGUAGAACAUCAUUGCAAACACUUUCAGAUAGAAAAUUUAUAACAAAGAAAGUAGUCUGCAGAUAUUAUAAAGCUGGAAAUUGUGGUAAAGGGGAUCAUUGCCUGUAUCAACAUUCCUCAGAAAUUACUCAACUCUCCAAAGAAGUCGCCGAAAUUUCUUUGAACGCAAUAGCUAAGAAAAGGCGUGUUCCAAUAUGCCACUACUUUAAAAAAGGUAAAUGUCAUCGGGGAGAAGAUUGCAAAUUUUAUCAUCAAAAUGCAGUAAAAAAUGUGGAAGGAGUUCAGGAAAUGUCAUCAAAUGAUAACAAUGAAAAAGGCGAAAAUAAUGUGGAUUAUGUUGAUGUCUCUGCUUCUGAGGAAACCACUUCAAUAAUGGCUGCUUUUAGCACAAUUGAAGCCAUUGAUGUUGUCAAAUGUCAAUAUGUACCUCAUAAAAUUUCGCAUGGUAGAAAACUCCACGAUUUGUCCAAUCUUUCAGUUCAUGAGCUUGCUAAAAUAAGGGACACAGAAAUCACUCAGCUGAAAAAGAGAUAUCCAAAACAUGUUGCAUCAGAACAACAGUCCAUCUUAAUUACAUUUGAGCCUUCGGAUCCUGAUUGGCCUUUUGAUCUUAAAAGCUUAGACCUGGAAGUUUACUUUCCUGAUAAAUAUCCUAUUGAGGCUUGUAAAAUAACAGUUGUCUUGUCUUCAAACAAUAUUCCAGAUAUGCUGAUAAGAUAUCUUAAUCAAAGUAUCAAGAAUUGGAUUGAAAAAAGAUUUGAAGAAGUAAAAUGUUCUUCCCAAACUGAACUAAUGUUUCGCCCUUUUCUUAAAUGGUUUGAUAGGAAUUUAGAGGAAUUGUUCAUUUGUGGCUUAAGAAUGGUGAAAAGAGAUAUUGAAGCAAAGAAAAAUGGUAUUGACUUUGUUCCUGUGGAAAAACUCUUUUGUUCAACCAAUGACACUCACAACUCAGACUCUGCAGAAAUAGUCCCAGAAGCUUCUGCAGAAUAUAAUUUAGAUUCUUCUGAAUUUCAGACAAAAGAUGAUAUUAUUGAUAAUCAGACAAAAAAUUUUUCAAAGAGCAGCAUAUUACUUGAUAAUUCAGCUUUAAGGCAAGGUAUCAAAGUUCUAUUUAAUGGCCUUGAGUUAGUUGAAGGUAUUGCAACUUUCUCCUGCUCUAAACUGUCUAUAACAGUCCAUUGCAUACGAUGCAAAACUUCUUGCAAUAUCAAAUGUUCUACAGGAAAAAGUAGUUCUUCAAAGUGUUCUAAAUGUAGCAAAGCAAUAGAAUGUAGCUUUAGCCCAUCAAUGAUGCAUCAAUUCUCUAAUGUUGCUGGAAAUCUUCACUUGGUAGAGUGUCAAAUUGUAGACAUAAACUUAGUUGAGUCAUGCUUUGUUUUAGACUGCCUCAAUUGUUCUAAACAUAUCACAAUUGAUGGUCUGCAUUAUGGUCAAAAACAAAAAAGAUGGUGUACAUCUUGCAAUGAAAAGUUAAUCUUUAGUAUUGAAAAUGUCAAAUUUCAAGCAACUAGCUCAACAUACAUAGCUGCUAAAAAUGCUCCUACGAAAAAAAUGGAAAAAAGAAAAGACCCAUUGUUUAAGGAAGGAGAACCAUUACCUGAUUUUGGAACUUGCAAGCAUUACAAAAAAAGCUACCGCUGGUUAAGGUUUCCUUGUUGUGGAAGAUUAUAUCCCUGUGAUAUUUGCCAUGAUGAAAAAGAAAAUGAUCAUGAAAUGAAGUUUGCUUCCCGCAUGAUAUGUGGGUUUUGCUCUAAAGAGCAGCCAUAUAGCAAAGAAAAACCCUGCUCUUCAUGUUCUGGCAGUAUGACUUCAAAAUCUGGAGCACAUUGGGAAGGUGGAAAAGGCUGCAGAAAUAAAAUAAAAAUGGCAAAGGAUGAUAAACAUAAAUAUUCUGGUACUUCUAAGACUGUGUCAAAGAAGGCUCAAAGCACAAAAAGUGGAAAGAAAUAAUAAAUAUUUUUCUUGAAAAUUGAAUUGUUUUAAAUAUUUUUGUUUCUGUUUUAUAUUUUUAAAUAAAAAAACUUAUAAAAUGUC